AUGCCUACUCCCUCCCCAAACCCUCCACCUGGCCCUCACUCGCCGCGUUCGUACCACACCUGCCCAGAGGACACAGGCACGCGAUCAUCGUCACGUAGUUCGCAAAUACCAGUCGAAACCGGCGAGGGAAGCCUGCACGCCGCAGGCGGGGGCUCCGAGGAAACCCCUGUCGUCCCUGUCGUUGAGGUCUCCUCGCAGACGAGCCACAUUACGGAGAGCAUGAUUGAAGACGAACCCACAUCGGCGAUAUCCUCGAGGGCAACCACCAUGUCGCCAGCACCCGAGUCGACAGUCACAUCUCGGACGACACCAGGCCCAGGGACCGACUUUGAUGUCUUCAAGCAGAUGGAGGUUGACGAAGACGAACACCAGACGACCGUGGAGGGGCUGCGUCUACACGACGGAGAAAGCGGUGCCAGCGGGACGGGACGAUCAUCCCACCCUGCGUCCCAUGUACAAGACGCGGGCCCUGGCAAGGGAAGCGAUGUCGUGCACGUGAUGAUGGGUGAUGAGGAGGAGUUAAUGGCGCCCUCCAGGGGACCAGAUUACCCCAGCUUGAGGACAAUCCCCACCUCUCCAUCGUCCUUUUUGCGACCGGGAAGCAAAUUUCACGGCACGCAACAGUCGGAGAGACAAGUCUACGAUGUGCAAGUGGAAAUCAAGCACGUCGACCUGAAGGAGUCUUUUCUUUGUGGCUAUCUCCGGAUCCAAGGCCUCACUGAAGACCAUCCGACUCUGACGACAUAUUUUGAAGGCGAGAUCAUCGGCACCAAAUACAACUUCUUCACAAACCACGAUACCUGGGGUGCCACCAACAAGAUCGACCUCAACCACUGGGGCAAGUUGCGGCGUUCCGACCCUUUCAGAAACAGGCACGAAAAGGACCGGUGAGCGUCCGUGAUGUGGCGCAGUGUGAGAACAUUUUUAUGCGGUGGAAAGAACAUUUCCUGGUCCCCGAUCACCGAGUGCGCACCAUCAGUGGCGCCAGCUUUGAAGGCUUCUACUACAUCUGCUUCAACCAGGUCAAGGGUGAAGUGAGCGGGAUAUACUUUCACUCGAAGAGCGAGAAGUUCCAGCAGCUAGAGCUCAAGCAUGUCGAAGACAAGGGAUGCUUCGGCGCGAUGGAGUUCAGGUAGCGGCGGGGCGCACCGGUCUUAAUCAAGGGCACGGUAGCUUCGGGGCAGACGGCAGAUGAGCAUGAUUUGGAUGAUAUCAGCGGAAACGGAACGAGACGAUGAUGAGCCGGUCCAUUUCGAGGCUGCGGCCAUACGACGGGGUAUAGUUGCUGUAUAUCUUUUUUCUUCAUGCCUCUUCCUUUUUGAACCCUUUGAAGUACCUCUCUCGGAACGGGUUCAGUUCAUCUGCCGUCACGCCCUCAUGUUUCGCACGUUUGUGCACUGCCAGCUUUUCCUGGUCGACCUGGCUGUCCGGCAUGCGCCGAUAUG